AUGAGUGGCUCAGGUUCGUUCUCGUAUUCGCUGAACAGCACCAGUUCAAGCUCGUCACCGUCACGGUUCGCGUUCGGUCCGAGAGGAAAAGCAAUCACAAAGUCACCAUCAGCUUUCUCGGCAAACGAGAUGAAGAAAACUUCUCAACGACCUAAAGCGAUCGGCAAUCGUAACAGUCGAUCCCAUUCUCGAAUGCGUCACUCUCGAACCACCGACGAUGCGACGAGUAUGGCCAACGGUGAGUGCAGCCACUGGCAGAGAAAUUACAGCAUCGAUUACUACCGUAACAAAUGCGCGAAUGAAUUCGAUGAGCAAGAAUUGGACAGUUUCAUGGAAUGGCUCAUGGAACGAAGAAGGAAUCGAGGGGCGCCCAAAGAAGGCAUACAACUAGCCGAAGACGAUCAUCUUAAACGCAUCGAACAGAUCCGAAGUAUCUUAUUCAAGUGA